CAUUUGACGUCCUCCCUUAACGACCACUAUGCGCUCUGCAUCCAUUCAAAGCAUCCUCGAGGCGACGCCUCAACUUCGCUAUGUCGUACUUCGCGCCAAAUCAUCCUCCUACCCCUCUUCCUUCCGGCACUUCUCCUCGACCUCCUCCGUGCUAGUCAGACGUCCGAUGGAGAAAUAUCCAAUGGAGAAGCCGAUCAUCGACGAUUGGGGCAAUCCCGUCACGGUGAAGAAGGCCGUUCCGAUCGAGACAGGGGAGGAACGGGCCUUAAAUAAGCUGUGGGACAUGGAUGAGCCUGAACCUAUAGAAGUGCAGAAGCCCUCACGUCGAGACAUGACAAACGAUGGCCUUGAAGAACGUCGAAGAGAGCUUUUACGCAAUUUGGCGGAGACUAGGAGACCGAGCUGGACAGAAAAGUACGGCGCGCACGACGGCUUCGGGCUCCAAAACAAGAGACGAUAUGCUCACGGACCGGAUGGAGAGCUCGUACAGUGGGAUGCUGCAGGAGAAAAAUGGCGUGACGCGACCGGGUACCACAGUCAUGUUCGUGUACGGUCUUCGCCCAUUUUUCCACGACUACCGGGGUCCGCGCCGACGAGACAGUCCAAAGUCCCGCUGGACAUGUUCAGAGGCCGUCCAGGCUCCGCAUGGCAUCGUGCGAACAUCGAUCGUGCUUUGGGCAAUCAACCAUUCCAAGAGGUCACUCCUAAUAUUGAACAUCCCCUCGACGCCAUCAAGUUGAACCUCGAUGCUUGGGACCGGGAAUACAGGGCUGCAGCCGAUGCAGGUAUCUUUGUCAAAAGGCAAGACGCCAAGGCGAUCAGAAAACGUUUCAAAGCCCUGGCAAGACGGCAGUGGGAAGACGCACAGAGCAAAGGUCGGGAGCAGGCAGUCGACACGGAGCAAAUGUCCCCAUGGGAAGAGGACGAGGAGAUUACCGUGGAGAAUGUUGAAGAAAUAUCGGCUCUGCCUCCGAGCGAGAGAGCCAAGCUUGAUCCACGAGCUUCGGACAUGAUGAAGUCUAGUACAACUGCAGAGACACCUAGAAACAGUUGGGCAGCCUCGCCUACUACCAGCAUUUCCGACGAGUUGGAUCGCCAAUCAGAGGAGCUAGCACCACCUCCUCAAGCAAGGACAAUUCCACAUGAAUCACGUGGGCCAUCUCCAGCUCCCCGCCAACUCCCCGCCUUCGAUAUACAGGAGCGGAGAACCGGAUCGCGGACAUUUGGGCUCAGAAGCUUCUCCACGUUGCCCACUGUCUCCGCGUUUAUGGCCACUGUUGCCUUGCCCUCUUCCGUCGGCUUCCGACAGUAUCAUUCAAAACAAGACUUGAAAGAAGGAGAAUGGAUUGAAGAUACCGCUCUCAAGCGUCGACCUCCGCCAAGAGAUCCUCGAGUUUUUGAGAGCAGGAGAGCCAAGCUGGAGGCAUAUCAACAACAGGUGGCGGCUACCUUUGUACCGAACAGAAGGCGUAACUACGACGAGUUGGCCGAGAGUCCUGUUGGUGAAAAGCCAAAAGAAAAGAGACCCUGGAUACCGACCAAAAAGCUCACAUUCUCUGCCAUGGAGGGUCUUCGAGCUCUCCAUAAAGCUGAUCCCGCAACCUUUACUCCACAAGCCCUUUCAGAGAAAUUUGGCAUCUCACGAGAAGCCACUCAUCGCAUUUUGAGGAGCAACUGGAGGGAGAAAAAGCUUGCAGCCAAGCGAUCCAUGACAGACACGUCCCUUCAGGGUACCAAAUGGGCCAAGAAGCCGUCCACAGCGACAGUGAUUGAUCGAGUGUACGCUCAACGUGCAGAAACCCUCGCCCAACCUGAACAGGACCCCGAGCAAUAGCAUGCAUCACAGAGUUUAUA